GAGUAUAUCUUCAUGGAAGACGGGUCUAAGGUGCAUAAAGGGCAUGCCAAAUUACCUAGACUACAGCACAAUAUCCGAGGGUUUAAUUGGCCUCCUUCUUCACCAGAUUUGAACCCUAUUGAGAAGGUCUGGAGGUGGAUAAAGGAGGAAUUGAAAAACUUGGACUAUGUGCCCAAAAAUAAGGUGGAUUUGAAGAGGGAGUUGCAAAAGCUAUGGGACCAAGUUGACCCACGUGACUUUCGCCACUACACUAAGCAAUUGACUUGUAAGAUUGAGGAUGUAAUUAAGUACAAGGGUAUGGCUACUAUUAAUUAA